GCCUACUUGGCUUACAACGAUCAGUUGCCUCACACGUUUAGUGGUACAAGAGGUGGGCACACAAAAGGUGUGCUGAUGGCGGGAAAUGGCGUAGACUUCGGUACCGUCUGGCUGCAGCACAGCGUACCCAGGUUCGUGGACGACGUCAAAUACGGCUAUAAGUACCCGGAAAACGGCCGAGAAAAUGGACAGCUCUUCUUUUGCAUAACAUUCCCUCUAGGAACGGUGGAAAAAAUUUCAUACCAUCUUCAGCUGCAGGCGGCGAACGUGUACCAGUCACGUUAUUUUGAAUGGACGAAUACUUACAAGGAAUUUGCUGCCCUGCUGCAGAAGCAUUACAUCAGGAAGCCUAGCGGUAUAAAAGUGGACAUUCUUCUGACUAGGAAGACCAGACCCGUCUUGGCUAUUGCAAAGUCUCAUACCUGGACAAGAGAUAUUUAUUCCGAGGAACUCAUUCGCCAGAUGAACGACAGUAUGGCCGUCCAGACCUGGAAAAAUGGCAUCGGCGGAGCGCAAACUACGCAAUGUAAUACGAAGCACUCAAUUAUUGAUGUCGAGGAAGUUGGUUUACGCACUCAAAAGGGACCUUUGACAUUCUCAAGCAAAGAGGACCACAGCAAGUGGUCUGUGGCACGAAAAAAAGCAGUCUUCUGCUUUUCUUCCUUGAACCGCAUGUUUUCCCAGUGGAAACGAGGAGGUGAGAUAACAUGCAUUAUAGACGUACCCCUGGCUAAACUGUUCAGAGACAGUAUCUUCAAGCAAAACGAGUGCAGAGGGAGCCGUCAAGAGUAGAAGAUGCAUGCGACGAUUAAUUGUAUAUAUGGCGAUUUCGACGCAACAACGAGUCUACAAACAAAGCACCAUGAUUUAUGCAUAAUAGAGAUACCAUACUUGAACUACUUCAGCAAUGAAAAGUUCAUAUUAGCAGAAAAACGGCGGGACAUACCUUGCAGGCGUAAUUUCAUAAGAC